GUGGGGGGGAACCCGCGCUUUGUUCCACUCAGGUAUGCGGAACAAACGAGUGCGGUGACGUCACGGCGCGUCUUCAGGAAAAACCGGUUUGGAAACAUUUCUGCUUCUCCGAGUGAAUCCGCCGAGAGGGACGUGUGGUCUCCUCAGUCAGCACCAGACGCCGCCAUGGACUACUCGCAGCCCUUCUUGCUCCUCAACGAGCGCCUCAGACCUCCGAUGAGCCCCACGGAGAAGCUCUACUCGUCCCUCAGCAGAGUCCAGUCCAAGAUGGGCAUGCGGGCGUCGCUACAUCGCUCGGCCUCGCUGUCCGAACCGGAGGACGAGGGCGAGGAGGAGGAGAGGUCCACACCCGAGCGGCGUCUGAAGGACGUGCCAGAGAAGGUCGCUUCCGCGGAGAACCGGCAGAACUCUGACGCGCAGACUCGCUCCGAGUCCCCGUCCGAGGAUGGCCUGGUGCCGUUCCAGAGGAGCUACAUGACCCUGCCGGACCUCAUCAGCAGCGGGAGGCCGCUCGGACGACGCAGUACUAUCGGACAUGUCAGCGACACGCUCAAGGAAGUGCGUCGCGAGGUGGAAUUGUCGCGCAGGCGCAGUAUCAAGCUGAAGGCGCAGGUGGACAAGCUGCAGGAGAACCGCGAAGGACCCGGAUGGUGUGGAGACAGAGACAGGGUGACAGAGGAGGUUCUGUCCAUCCUGAAGCUCCUGAAGCUGAUGACAGACCCUCAGUCCCUCCCAGUCGAGACCCCCCACGGAGGGAACCGCCUGAACUCUGCACUCACUCAACUAAAGGACGUUGCCAGAAAACUAGCCAUGACUGGAACGCAAAAGGACAUGAAGUCCAGAGGAGGAAGUGGCUCGGAUGACGGCGCCCUGCUGCACCAGGCGCUGCGGGAUCGAGACGAGGCCAUAGAAAAAAAGAAGGCGAUGGAGGGGGAGAUUCUGCGCAGCAAGACGGAAAUGAUGCUGCUGAACAACCAGCUGCUGGAGGCCGCGCAGAAGCGUCUGGAGCUGUCAUUGGAAGUGGAGGCUUGGAAGGAGGACGUCCAGCUGAUGCUCAACCAGCAGCUGGUUCUGCAGCACCAAGUGGAGCAGAACCAGAAGAAGAACUCCCGCACUGGCCUCUUGAGGAGGAACAAGCCGCCCCUCCAGCGCCCCACCAACUUCCCCGUGGCGGCCGCACGUGCCGCCGCCAGCGCGCCGGCCACACCUGUGUCACCCGCCUCGCCCACUCACAGUCCGACCCAAGCCUUCUUCGGCCGGCCUCCUCUGACGCCGAUGUCGCCCCCUGCUGCGCCGUCCUGGAGGGACAAGUGGAAGAGGGGCAAUGGCGGGCGGCAGCAGGAGGCUGUGAGUCCCGCGAGCGAGCAGAGAGUGAACGACGGGUUCCAGGUGGUCUCUCUUGACUGAGAGUGGCCCUGGUGACGGUUCUUUUUGAUAACCCACACGAGAACGCUGAGGAAUCCAAGCCUGCACAACGCUUUGAAACUAAAGUUAACACUUUGAUUUUAUUAGAGGGAUGAGCAUCACAUGAACAAUAUUCUAGACAUGGAACAAAUGAUUGUUUACAUUUCCCCAUUUGACCUGCGUGCUUACAUAAAGAUUUGCUUUGAAUAAACGAGCCUGACGAUUUACAGACCCGUCA